CUCGUGGCUCUGGCCGGGGCAGCAGUGCCAGCAGGUUGAGGGAAGCCAUAAUUCCUGACGUGACUCUACACUGCCUGCCAGAGCCUCUGCUCUGUUGCCUGGGGACCCAGGCCCACACCCUCUGUGAGGCGGUGACCGUGAUGUCACAGUGGGUGUCAUGGAGCGGCCAUUGUGACGCGUGAGGCUUGGAGCAGAGCAAAGGCUGCGGGGCUCAGCCCGAGCGUCAGUGCGGCCUGGCGAGGCGCGGAGAGAGCAGGGACUCUUGCAGUGCUCGCUGUUAACGCACAUGAUGUCCAGUAGGAAGCGGAAGGCCUCCAGCUCGGAGGAGCCAGUGUGUGCGCUGUGUGGCCGGGCAGAUGUCGAUCCGAACGUCUGCGGACACACAUUUUUUGCGAGUGGGAUUCACGUCCAUGAGUUCUGCUUGAUGUUUGCCAACACCAUUUCCGAAGCACGACCAGCAUGGGUGGGACCUGAGGGCCUCCCCGUUGCUGUCGUCAGACGCGCAGUCAGGCAGGCAAACCAGAAGCAAUGCUUUGUCUGUGGCGAGAGGGGGGCUGCCAUCACGUGUGCAGAGAGUGGCUGUGAACGCAGCUUCCAUCUGCCCUGCGCCAUGGAUGGGGAAUGCGUCACCCAUUUCUUUGGGCCACGCAGCUCCUACUGCUGGGAGCACCGCCCUUCACAGGAAAGUCGGGAAGCUCCAGCUGAAGGCACCAACUGCCUCAUCUGCCUUGAGCCCGUGGGGGACAGCUUGUCCUACCACACCAUGGUGUGCCCAGCGUGUGCACACUGCUGGUUCCACCGGGGCUGCAUCCAGCAACAGGCCUUGAAUGCUGGCGCUUGGUGCUUCCGGUGCCCCAGUUGUCAGGACAUCCUCAUGUUCUUAGCAGAGAUGUUCCUCAUGGGGAUCCAUAUCCCACUCAGAAGACCACUAUGGGAGGAAAGUGAUGCGUAUGAAUCACUUCUAGAGAGGCACAGCCGCUGCAAUGCCUGCGAGUGCCUUUACCGUGGUGGCAGAGAGCAGGCAGAGAGAGAGGGGUGA